AUGACAAAUUUUGCCAAGAUGGUCAUCCGUCUACUGGCGUUUGUCACGGGUUUUGCCGCCGUCAGCAAGGCUAUCGCCGGCACUGGUUGCAACCCGACGACGACAAAAAACUGCCCGCCUAUGCCCGGGCUGAACACGGGUUACUACGAGAUAGACUUUAGCAACGACGCCAAGGACGCUUCCAAGUAUUGGACCACGUCGGCGGGGGCCCAGGUCACGCGCGACAGCCGCGGGAUGGCGCUGCAGUACCUCAAGCGGUUCGACGCGCCGCAGCUCGUCAGCACCUGGUACAUGUGGUACGGGCGGGUCGACGUGCAGCUGCAGGUGGCCAAGGGCCAGGGCGUGGUGACGUCCAUCGUGCUCAUGUCGGACACGCUGGACGAGAUCGACUGGGAGUGGUCCGGCAACAACUUUGGGUACGGGCCGAGCAAGGGCCGCGUGCAGACAAACUACUUUGGCAAGGGCGUCACGGGCACCUACGACCGCGGCACCACCGUCGACGUCGAGAACCCGCAGGCCACCGCGUACACGUACACUCUUGUCUGGAGGCCCGACUCGAUCGAGUGGCGCAUCGACGGCAGGAUGGUGCGGACGUUUUACGCCAAGGACGCAGAGACCAAGCCUGGCAGCAGCCAUCAGUUCCCGCAGACGCCGGCAAAGUUGCAAAUCGGGAUUUGGGCUGGGGGAGAUCCCUCCAACCCUGCUGGUGUUAUCGAGUGGGCAGGCGGCGUGACCGACGCAAACGGGGGCCCCUACGUGGCUUACAUCAACAAGAUUACCGUCCAGAACCAGUAUGCAGCCGCGGCUUACAACUGGACAGAUCAGUCUGGUAGCCAUGGCAGCGUCAGGCAGUUGAGCCAGGACCCGGGCAACCUGGUUCCUGUGAGUCCGGCUCUGUUGCCGCUGCGCUCCGAGCUGCCCGUGACUCAGAUCGGUCGCUGCGGACGAGAGCUCAACACCAUCUGCAAGGGCAGCGUCUUUGGCGACUGCUGCUCGCAGUACAACACCUGCGGCAGCACUGCCGAGUAUUGUGGCAGUGGCUGCCAAGGAGCAUAUGGCAAGUGCGCCAAGCCAAACAUCUUUGCCAACGAGAAGCUCGAAUUCGAGCCCGAGCCGACGACGAGUGUCAAGAGAAUCACUUCUACCAGCAGCAGUACAACUUUGAGCACCAGCACUAGCCAGUCGACAAAAGCCUCGACGAGCACUUUGACUGCUCCGCUGCGAACGGAUCUCCCACCAACUGCCAACGGGCACUGCGGCCCCAAGGUCAACACCAUCUGCAAGGGCAGCGUAUUCGGGGACUGCUGCUCCGAGCACAACUACUGCGGAAACGGCCCUGACUACUGCGGUGCCGGUUGCCAGUCGGCCUUUGGACGCUGUGGAGAUGCUCCCGUUGAGCCCAAGGCUGCAACGACUUUUUCCAGCAGCCAGUCUCCCAAAGUGGCGACCAGUCCUGUCGGCUCGCCCAGCGUCUCCGCAAGCACCAGCGCCUCCACAAGCACCACCAUGACAAAGCCACCGACGUCCAGCACCGCUGCCGCAAUCAGUAGCACUCCUGUGGCGAACGCCAAGCUGGCUGUGAGCCAGGACGGAAGCUGCGGUGGCAAGGACGCCAAGUUCACCUGCACAGGUGGGGUUUUCGGCGAGUGCUGCUCGCAAUACAAUUUUUGUGGAAAUUCCAUAGACCACUGUAGCACGGGCUGCCAGGUUGGAUUUGGACGCUGCGACGGUUCCCCGGUGGCGUCGGCUGCCAGUUCGCAAAGGCCAGACGACCCGGCUGCCAUUUUACCGACAAGCUCGCCAACAUCUCGGUCAUCCUCCACCACCACUACCAAGACGGCCACCGCAGCAACCAUCGGUUACACCUGCGAUGACGACUUUUGGUGGGAGAACAACUACUGCUACAAGUACAUGGGGGCCAACGGGCAGAUGAAGAAGAUGACCUCGGCCUUCUGCAACUCGUGGAGCGGCAAGAUGAGCGACGUGCCCAACUGGCUCAACAAGGACUGCGGAGGCGACAUUGAGCGCAUCCGCGGCGCCUGCUGCGGCCGCUACGUAGCACCGCCGGACGCCACGUCUUCGAAGCUCGCCAGGCGCCGAGACGAUGCGGCCGCGGUAGGCGGCAGCAAGGGACCCAGCCCCUGGGCGAGCGUGGUCGAGUACCUGACGCGCAAGCAGGCCAAGGCGGCAGAUCAGGAGGCGGACAGGCGGGCCGAAAAAGCUGCGACUUGA